GCAUUUCUUCCCUUUUCUCCUCCUUCCUUUCAUCUCUCUCUAUUAAGCAAAAUUCUGUUAAUUAGGGUUUCUGUUUGUUUGUUUAUUAUUAUUACUUUUUUUUUUUUAAUAGUCAUGUUGUCUACUGUUUCGGCUAGCUUCUUAUCCCCCGAUUCCAUGAUCGGAAACCCAUUUGCUUCCUUCGAAAGCGGCUUCACCCCGUGGGAUGAUUGUUCUCAAUUCUUUGAGAAUAAUCUUGAUUCACAAUAUUCAUCAACCAAAGCGGCCGGUUCGACUUCCGGUUCUGAGGAACCGAAUGAACCGAACCGAUCUGAUCCAACCCCUGCCAACUCUAACUCCAGCUCUGAUCAGGAGCCUAACCAAAGAACCGUUGCUUCGGUGAUCGAUGAGCGGAAAAGGAGAAGGAUGAUAUCGAACCGGGAGUCAGCAAGGCGGUCCAGGAUGCGAAAACAGAAGCACUUAGAAAACUUAAGGAACCAAGUGAACCGACUGAGGGUUGAGAACCGGGAAAUGACGAACCGGUUGCGGUUUGUUUUGUACCAUUGGCAAAGUGUACGAAGGGAAAACGACCAACUCCGGUCUGAACAUAGUAUGCUCAGACAAAAGCUGUCGAACAUACGUCAAAUUUUGAUGUUCCGGCAACUCCAACAAUUCACGUCUGCAUGGCCAUGCAAUAAUACAGUCACAACCGAACAAAUCCCACCAUCAUUAAUCACUUAAUAAACUAAGCUACAUCUAUAUAUAUAUACAUAUAUCCAUAAAAAUAAAUAAUCACGAACAAGGGAACAAAGAGAAAUAUUUUUCUCUCUCUUUCUCUCUCUAGAGUCUGUGUAAAUGAAAAAGCUGCUAAAGCAAGGAAAACUAAAUGGUGGAGGUUUUUUGGGGGAUUGAAUUUUGAUGAUAAAGGGUGUUUUUGGGAAAAUAUCUCGGGUUUUUAGUGAAACCAGAUUUAUAUGUGGUGUAUAAAAGCUAGUCAGUGUUUGCCUUAUUAAAUGCAUCAUAUAUGUAGUUUUGCCCAAUGUUGUUUUCUCUUUUUGUCUCUUUUAAAAAUAGUUAUAUCAGUAAAAGUCGCACUAGUUAUUGUGAGUAA